AAAAUGCCGAUUUGACAAACAACUUGUACUUACUCGAAAAGAAACAGAUUCUGAGAAGUCAAUACAACAUUACAAAAAUGACAACUACUAAGUCACAAACUGAUAAUCCUAUCGUUUUCUUUGACAUCUCCAUUGGGAAUGUUGAAAUUGGCAGAGUUAAGUUUGAAUUAUUUGCUGACCUAGUUCCCAGAACAGCUGAGAAUUUCAGGCAGUUCUGUACGGGAGAGUAUAAAAAAGAUGGAGUUCCGAUCGGCUACAAAAAGUGUGCGUUCCACCGGGUGAUCAAAGACUUCAUGGUCCAGGGUGGAGACUUUGUUAAUGGUGAUGGGACCGGUCUCACCAGCAUUUAUGGAGGAUCAUUCAGUGAUGAAGGCUUUAAAAGAAAACACACAGGACCAGGCAUACUUUCCAUGGCUAACAGUGGUAAGGAUACUAAUGGCUGUCAGUUCUUCAUCACCUGUGCCAAGUGUGAUUUCCUGGAUGGAAAACAUGUUGUCUUUGGUAAAGUUGUAGAUGGAUUGUUAGUGCUGAGAAAAAUAGAAAAUGUUCCCACAGGACCUAACAAUAAGCCCAAACUUCCAGUAGUAAUAACACAGUGUGGGGAAAUGUAAUGUGAACUGUAAUGCGAGGAUACAGGAAGAAUACUUUCUAUCUAAUUGAAUCUAUGAUGAUGCUACAAGAUAAUGGCGGAAUAAUGAGGAGUCAGUUCAUCAAUUGUAAACAAUAGAAGGAUUCUACGAAAGAUGGAGGCCUUUAUUGAAAUGGUUUAUCCGAUAUUUCAAUGUUUGUGUUAAGUAGUAAAUAAACUUAAUGGGAGCAGGGCCAGUAAACAAAAAUAUCUUUCGUCAGUUUUUAAAUGUACCAACUCAUCAAAUCAAGAAGUGUUUUUAAUACAUAAGUAUGUACUGUUAGUCUCGAAAACAUCAACGGAAAUAAAGUAUUUUAUGAAAUACUGGCCAAGGUCUUAAAUGAAAUUUUGUUUGUAAAUAUGACCUUCACAUUAUUAUCAUUAUUCUUUUUUCACAUGACUGUUCAAUGAUUCACCUGUACAUUAAAUCAUGUAAUUUUCUAAUAAAAUAUGAAAAUCUA